AUGACUCCCGUCUCGGAACACGAAGAUGCGAUUGCACAAGAACUACAAGCUCCGGCGCAUCCUUUGGACCACAAGCGCCGCCGUACCAUGACGUCGACCGAUGAAAUAGACAGCACCAUCAUCCGCCCUGGCAGUGUCAGAAUUAAUGUCAAAGGCGCUUUCAUCGUCGACCCCGAUACGGCGACGCCAGCCUCUACCUCUGGCGCAAGCGCGGGCGGUGCUGCAGCUCAUAACGGCCGAAUGAGCCCGACGCACCCCGAAACGAGCGACAUCCGGUUGCCAUACCACACUGCGAUUGUGAGCCAUAUUGCGAUUGACAUUGGCGGAUCGCUUAUAAAACUCGUUUACUUCUCGCGCGAAGUUGAUUCUACGGAUCCCGGCGGCCGACUGAACUUUCAAAGCUUCGAAACAGAUCGCAUUGAUGACUGUGUGGAGUUUAUGCGACAUCUGCGUGAUAACCAACUUGUCAAUGGCUCACAACCGGGAGAGUUGUGUGUGAUGGCGACUGGUGGUGGCGCGUACAAGUAUUAUGACAAAAUUCGAGCCGCACUUGAAGUGGACGUAUCGCAAGAGGAUGAGAUGGAAUGUCUCAUCAUUGGUGAGCAGCUCUAUUCGCUAUCAAGAACGUUUGAGCUGAUAGUUUUUCUAGGACUCGACUUUUUUAUAACCGAAAUCCCCCGCGAGGUCUUUACCUACUCCGAAACAGAUCCCAUGCACUUCGUCGUGCCACAAGAUAAUAUAUAUCCUUAUCUGCUCGUAAAUAUCGGCUCAGGCGUCUCAUUCCUCAAGGUCACUGGGCCAAGAUCAUAUCAGCGAGUCGGAGGUACAUCACUCGGUGGUGGUACUCUCUGGGGUCUCUUGUCUCUGCUCACUGGCGCGCGAACUUUUGACGAGAUGCUUGAGCAAGCCGCUCACGGCGACAAUGCCAACGUCGAUAUGCUAGUUGGCGACAUCUAUGGAACAGACUAUGGCAAGAUAGGACUCAAGAGCACAACAAUCGCUUCGUCCUUUGGUAAAGUUUUUCGUAUGAAGAGAGAGGCUGAAUCAGCAGCCGAAGAUGGCAGAUCUGCUACGCCGGAAGACGCAUCCUUCAACAGCGCAGAUGUUUCAAGGUCUCUCCUGUACGCCAUCUCAAACAAUAUUGGACAGAUCGCCUACCUGCAGUCCCAAAUUCACAACCUAUCCAAUAUUUAUUUCGGUGGCUCUUUCAUCAGAGGCCAUCGUCAGACCAUUAACACACUAAGCUAUGCCAUCAAGUUCUGGAGUAAGGGGGAGAAGCAAGCAUACUUCCUCCGUCAUGAGGGUUACCUGGGAGCAGUUGGCGCAUUCCUCAAAAGGAAGCCCAAGAACUGGGGCCGCAAAGGAAGUCUUGAGGGCAUGGAUGACCUAGCUGAGUUACGGACGAAUCUCCGCGAAGGGGCAUCUAUCUCCAGUACAUCAUAA